AAUGUCCGUUAAGGUUCACAGGCGCAAGCACAAAGAUGUCACGCACAGACCAUCCAAAUAUUACAUCUAACCGUUGCUUCGUGGGAGCCAUAAAACCCUACGGACGUUACCCAGGGGAAAGGAGGUAGCAGAGCCGGUCUCAGAGGAGAGGAGGAAAAUGAGAUUCCGCUCGGUCUUCAGGGCCUCUUUGGCCAACAUCAAAACCACCCGGUCGCGUUGCUUCCGGCACUCCUACUCCCAGCUCCAACCCCAGUCCAAUAGACCGUCCUUCGGCAUCGCGUUCGACAUCGAUGGCGUCAUUCUUCGUGGCCGCACUCCCAUCGGCGGCUCUCCUCAGGCCCUCAGGAGGCUCUAUCGCGACGAUGGCACCUUGAAGAUUCCAUUCUUGUUCUUAACUAAUGGAGGUGGUGUCCCUGAAUCCAAACGGGCUUCUGAGUUAAGUGAACUCUUGGGAAUUCAGAUCUCACGCAGACAGGUUCUGCAGGGGCACUCACCUUUCAAGGAAGUGGUGAACGGGUAUGAGAAUGAGCUUAUUGUUGCUGUUGGUAAAGGGGAACCUGCUGCAGUGAUGUCAGAGUAUGGUUUCAAAAAAGUUCUUUCUAUGGAUGAAUAUGCAUCUUGCUUCAAAGACAUUGAUCCGCUAUCUCAUUACAAAACUUGGAGGAUAAAGCAAACAUAUGAUGAGAACAGCUCCAAGGAAUUGCUUCCAAGAUAUGAUGUUUACUCUGACAGAGUCAAAGCAGCAUUUGUUGUUAGUGAUCCUAUUGACUGGGGAAGGGACAUUCAGGUUCUUUGUGACAUUUUAAGAUUUGGCGGUCUUCCUGGAAGAGAUAAGGGGCAUCAACCUCCAAUAUAUUUUGCAUCAGAUGACCUUGAAUAUCAGGCUGCAUUUCCUACCGAGCGUCUCGGAAUGGGUGCUUUCAGGAUAGCUUUGGAAGGCAUCUUCAACAGUGUCAGCAGUAGUCCUCUGAAGUACACAUCUUUUGGGAAACCAAAUCCAUUCGUAUUCAAGAAUGCUGAAGUUAUUCUGACACAACUUGUGUCAGAUAUAUUCCAUAGUCAGGACAAUAUGGAUGGAGGAACAGGACAUGAAUUCAGUACCCUUUACAUGAUUGGUGAUAAUCCGAAAGUUGACAUUAAUGGUGCCAUGAAGGCAGGACGCCCUUGGUUUUCUAUUCUUACAAGGACAGGAGUUUUCAGGGGAAAAGAUAAUGACACACAGUUUCCAGCAGACCUGGUAAUUGAUACUGUGGAAGAAGCUGUUGACUAUAUUUUAAAAAGGGAGCGUGCAUGACUUGUACCAUUUUUGGGUUUGCCAUUUUUUUAUUCCUAAGUUAUCAAUAAUGUCCAAGAGGUUGGGUGUUGAUUAUUUUGGCAGAUGAUUGAAGUUCUGAAAGUGUAAGGUUAAAUGGAGGCACAAACUCAUACGGUCAUACCCUACUCUACAUGCAAGCGGACAACUUCAAACGAAAGAUUUCCUCCUUGCAGACGUUGUGGCGGUUCUCUGCUUAAAAUGUAAAGCUUCCCAUCAUCUUUGCUAGGGCCUUCCAGUAUGAAGUCUAACUCCAGAGGUGUUUUGGAAAUUUCCCCCCACAAUCAUAUAUGCCCUCCUGGCAGGCCAAUUUGGAUGCUAAUAUUUGAACUUGUUAACAUCAUGGUAGCCUCUGAAACCAAUUAAUCAUUUUUUAAAUCAGGAUGAAUAGGUAGUUUCAACU